AUGACCGAGGUAGUCCUCGUCACCGGUGCUGCAUCCGGGAUCGGGCGUGCCUGCGCGGUGGAAUUGAGUAAAUCGGGCUAUGAUCUGCUGCUGUGGGACAUUGACGGCAAGGGCCUAGAGGAGUCCCAAAUGGAAGCUCUUUCUGCACGACAGUCUGCCCGAGUCAAGAUCCGAGUCGUCAACGUGGCGGAACGAAACGAAGUGUCCGCGGCUGCAGAAGAAGCCAAAGCAACGAAUCUUGGUGUCUCCAAGCUCGUCGCCGCAGCAGGCAUCGUGCGGUUAGACGGUCUGACUAACAAACAGCCCGAAGCACACGACUUGGUCAUGAAGGUAAACUACGAGGGUCUUGUCAACACCGUCCAUGCCGUGUCCGGCAGCAUCGUCCAGGCCAAAGGAGCCAUCGUCCUCAUUGGUUCCACCGAAGGCUUUCGCGGCGCCGCACCUAUCCAUGGGUACUGCGCGUCCAAACAUGCUGUCCACGGAUUUGGGCGCUGUGCGGCCAUGGAACUGGGGCCCCUUGGUGUCCGACUUAACAUCAUUGCACCGGGCAUGGUUGACACCCCGAUGUAUAUGCCGGAGAAACUGGGUCCUGCCGCUGUCGCACUGGAUCAGGCCCUUCAAAGUCGCACACCGUUGAGACGGCGUGGAAAAGCCUCGGAAGUUGCCACUGUAGCCAAAUUUUUGCUGUCUGACGACGCAAGCUAUGUCAGUGGUGCGACCAUUGUUGUGGACGGAGGUCUGACCGUCUGA